AUGUGGUUUGGACAACUCGUCAUUGGUCCACCCGGAUCUGGAAAAUCGACAUAUAUAGCUGGCGUUGAACAUAUAUUAAAACAGAUAAAUAGAAAAUUACUGAUAAUAAAUUUAGAUCCGUUUAUAGAAAAUGAUGUAUACCAAGCGAAUGUAAAUAUUAGCAAUUUAGUUGAUAUAAAUAAAGUGUUUACUGAGUUAGGGUUAGGUCCGAAUGGCACUUUAAUAUAUUGUAUGGAAUAUCUUUUAACGAAUUUUGAUUGGUUAGAAGAAAAAUUAAAUGAACAUAAGGACAGUUAUUUACUUAUCGAUACCCCAGGUCAAGUAGAAUUAUAUACACAUAAUGAUGCCUUAAGAAAUAUUGUUAUAAAAUUAAGUAAACUGAAUUGUAGGUUAACAUCUGUUCAUAUUGUGGAUAGUACAUUAUGUGCAGACAAUUAUAAAUAUAUUAGCUCUUUACUGUUAUCCUUAUGUAGUCAAAUACAUUUAGAGCUACCACAUGUUAAUGUUUUUUCAAAAAUUGAUUUAUUAAAAUAUUUUAAAAUGGAUUUAAAUUUUCCAUUAAGUUAUUAUGUUGAAGCACAAAAUUUGAGCCAGCUUAUGCUUUAUGCAAAAUAUCAAAAUUAUUCCUCAUCCGAUUCGGAAGAAGAACCAGAUAAAGGUAAAGAUAAAGAAAAAAAAGGGGCAGAUACCAACUUUGUGCUUAUAAAAAAUGAUAUAAAAGAUGGUCAUAUAAAAAACGUUAAAAAGAAUUAUUGCAAAUAUUCAAAUAAAUUUUUAAAAUUAAAUGAAUAUAUAUGUGAAACUGUGGAAGACUAUAACAUAAUAAAUUUUGCGUUGCUAGAUAUACAAGAUAAAUAUAGUGUUUUAAAAUUAUUAAAAAUAAUUGACGGAGCUAAUGGAUUUAGGUAUAGUUCUAUUUACUCAGAAUAUACACUAUUUGAUACGUACGUCGAAUCAAUUGAAUAUGACUGUGAUGACAUUCAAGAAAAAAUGAUUGACGUUUCGGAUGAGGAGAUUAUGAAAACAUUACCCAUGAACCGUUCUAGUGAGUAA